AUGUCGGUAUCCGAAGAUAGCGAGAACAUUAGACGCACCCGCGGGGAAAUCGAAGAGGCGCGCGAAGAAGCCAAGCAAAGGGAUGCGCGGCUGGCCUUUGACGCGGCGUAUACAGAAUACCUUCUUAUAGCCGAACCCCUGGUGGAAUUCUACAAGGAGCACGACUUUUUCAAAAAUUUCAAGAUCGCCCCGGUGAGCGAACAGUACUUUGUCCCAAACACCCUACCGGUGCCCAUCUCAUCAGACAUCGUGCAGACGCUUUCCCGGAGCUUUCAGGAUAAACCCAUUUCAGCUGAAGAAAAGGAGCUUCUCAAAACGCCAACGGACGUGAUGCGCUUUCGCAGCGCCAUGGUCAAUGGGUUGUACAUUGGGAUGGAUGGAUUGCCCUAUGUGUUCAAUGUGCACAACGCCAACAAGCCCACCUUGGGUAAGCUGAACCGUGUGAUGUUGAACGGCCGAAGCUACAAGUUCAACUGGAAGAGUGCCGCAGUGCGGCCGUUCUUUUCACCAAGCCGGGAAGACUACGACGACCGGCUCAUGUACAUCCACUCCAAUGGCACGAUGUUCCGUGUUGCAAAAGGGAACAUGCUGAACGGGAUACAAACCUACAGGUGGAUAAAGAUCCCUGUAGAGGCGUCGUGUGGCGAUACCAAGGUUGGGUCCAAGCCCAAUGAGAUCAACUUCACCACCAAGGGGUGCACCCACGCAGACUUUAGGGAGUUCUCGAGAAGACACCAUAAGUCGUCCGAUAAGUCCCGCACGUUUGCACUCGACUGGCGUGAAACUCAGUUCGGUAAGAACGGGGGGAUGAUCGUAGCCCGCAUGAUAAGAGACGAGGACAUUGAGGACGAUUUGGAGAAGCUGGCAGCCGCCAGUUUGUACCCAGAUAUGUACACGCGAGACUUUACCGCACGACCCAUCCAACACUCCCUCGACUUUACCGAUCCCAACGCCGAUUUCAAAAAGUCGCGCGAAAUGAGCCGGCUGUACCGCAGUGUGCGUCUGGGUAAGUCGAUGAUCCCCCCAUCUCUGGAUGGAAAUAUUAUAAAGGCCGGAACGCUGGACUUGACACCGGGUGGCGACAUGAUGGUCCUUCAGAAGCGCAGUCGCCCCGACAAAACGCCAUACUUGAAGUGGAUGAAGGUGCGCCACCUGAAGAUCAAACUUACCAGAGACCAGGCGAUCGUGCGUUUCGCCGUUGAUGACGUGGUGUCGGAACAGAAACUAAAACUUACUCCCGAGGUACGCGACAAGCUCGAGCGGUUUGUUGACAGCCCCAAAUACUUUCUCCAGCACAAAACAAAACCCAGGGCACAGUCCCAGAGAACCACAAAGAAGAGCGCCGUGUUGGGCACCAAGGUGAAGGCCUCUGAAGUAUCUCGCAAGCUCAAGACCGGCUGCAAACCAACUGUAGCAGACAAUAUGAAUUUGGAGCCAAACCAGUAUGCGAACGUACUCACUUCACCCAACAGUCUGAGGAGUCACAUGCGUAUCGACGACUUGACAAGCGACAUCCAGGUGAAUAUAGAAGAACAAAAAAAGACAUCCCUAAAACUGUCAAAAUGUCGCAGAGAUAUCGUGCCGCCAAAGUCACCAAAACCACGCAGAGCGGGGUCACAGGCUCGAAUCGCCAGCAGAGGGGAGUCGUCCUCAAGGAGAUCCCAGAGUAGUCCAUUGCCCGAGUCUGCAGAGGAUGAUGAGUCCGUAACAGACUUCAAUUGA